AUGACAUCCCAACAGUAUUUGCAUUCGCUACAGUUACUUAUGGAACAACAUCAGCUCCAUAUCUCGCUGGCAGAGCACUUUUACAACUUGCUGAAGAUGAAGGAAAUAAAAUGUCUAAAAGCGGUUGAACCGCUAACAAAUACACGCUAUGUUGACGACAUCUAUGGAGGCGCAGAUGAACUCGCUGAGGCAAUUCAAGUUGCUCUCGACACAAUAAAUAUGUGUGCCGCAGGAUGUUUUCCUCUUGCAAAGUGGGCGAGUAAUUCAACGAAAUUACUCUCUCAAGUCGCUCCAGUGGAAACCCAAGAAGAUACACCAAGAGAAAUUGGGGAUACUACGGUAAAAGUGCUCGGAUUAACCUGGAAUCCAGCACAGGAUAAAUUCCAGUUCGGCAAUUCGCUUCCAGAAGCAUCACAAACAACGAAACGCACAAUUUUGUCUGAAAUUGCUAGCUUGUUUGACCCGCUCGGAUUUUUGGCACCAAUCAUCGUGAGAGCCAAGAUGUUCAUGCAGAUGCUCUGGCUGCAGAACUUCGACUGGGAUGCUACACUAUCACCAUUGCUUCUUCAAGAACGGAAUUUAUUUCGAGAUGAACUACAUCAGAUCUCGAAGAUUCAGAUUUCUCGCUGGAAUCAUGUAAAAACUGGGGUAUCAAUCGAACUGCAUGGAUUCUCUCACGCGUCUCAACUCGCUAUGGCUGCUGUCGUCUAUUUAAAAGUUACUGACGCUACUGGAAGCUCCAACAUUUCGCUAGUGUGUGCCAAAACACAAGUUGCAUCCCUGAAACCCAUAUCUAUACCAAGAAUGGAGCUCAAUGCCGCUGUAUUACUCGCUCAACUGGUACUCUACGUCAAGAAAGUGUUGAAACUUGAAAAUGUACCAAUUUUCUUGUGGACAGACUCCGCUGUAUUCUCAACGUGGAUACGAAACAACCCAGCUAGAUGGAAAGUCUACAUUCGCAACAGAGUUACCAAGAUUCAAGAAUCGCUACCAAGUGUCAACUGGGAUUUUGUUCCAGGGAAACUUAACCCAGCUGACUGCGCUUCAAGAGGUUUAACAGCAGCCAAACUAGAACAGCAUUCGCUAUGGUGGACGGGACCUAAGUGGCUCAGUCAAUCAGAAGAAAACUGGCCAUCUUUUGACAUCACUACGCAGACGGUAUCACAUCUAGAAGAACGUCCAAGUCUGGGCGCUACACACGCUACUGGAUAA